UAAUCAUUGAUCAUUUUCGUUUUUUCGUAAAAUUUGGUGUCGGCCGUCGCGAGUUCAAUUUCCUUAGAAAAUGUUCUGUAAUUGAACAAAAAGUACGAAAAAUAUCACCUUAUCGACUCUAGAUUGUCUUCUUCUGUUUGAAGAAUAGAUACUCGUUACUAUUGGAGCACAAGAACGGCUCGAUUGCGAGAAAAGUGGUGGCUGAAAGAAGAAAGUUCUUGCGACGAAUAGAAAAAAGGAACAUGACAUCACAUUCCAUUUCUCAUCCCAGCUGAAUCAAGAUCGAUGAUAGUGUUGAUGAUGUGGUAGCGCGACGUACUCGCUUGGGGGUGGAAGGCUUGAGCCGACCGAAUAAUCAUUGAACAAGGAUUAUUUUUUGUUUACAUUUUUGAGGCGCUAAGAACAAGAUCAUAAAGUGGGCCUGUUUAAUAGCUGUACGCUGGCUUUCAAAGUGGCUUAGGAUUAAAAGCGGGAUAUUCAGUAAAUAGUAUUUUUCAUACCGGAGAAUACAGACUUCUUCAAUAUGCCAGAAAGGAACAACGUUGAUUGGUCUCGGUACGGAUUAGGAAAUGACGACUCAUCCCCAACCGAAAGAGCUCGAACAAGAGGAAACGUCGGCGGGUUUGUCGAUUUGGGCAACGAGUAUGACUACGGUGCGGGUGGACAUCAUGCAUCCGGUCGGGAUGAGAUUUUUGCCGAAGAUCAAGGCGACAAGCCGUGGUGGAGAAGCAACUUUUUCAUUUCACAACCGGUGCUAUUUGGCACGUGGGAUGGAGUUUUCACGUCUUGUUUAAUCAACAUUUUCGGCGUUAUUGUGUUCCUGCGAUCUGGCUGGAUUGUGGCAGAGGCUGGUAUAAUGCAUGCAGUAUUGAUAAUUUUCUGCGCCGUUGCGAUUGCCCUGGUGUCGGUGCUGUCGGCGGUAGGGAUCUGUGAACGUUGUCGAGUGGAGAGUGGAGGGGUUUAUUUUUUGAUAGCUCACACGUUAGGAUCCAGAUUUGGAGGAUCUCUUGGAAUGUUGUAUUGCUUUGGACAGGCGGUAGGAUGCGCGCUAAAUGUGCUUGGUUUCGGAGAAUCCAUGGCAGGACUGGUCGGACUGGAGGGCAACAAAUGGGCAAUUCGGCUGUUUGCCAUUGCGGCAGUUUUGCUUCUGGGAGUCAUUAAUGUGGCCGGAGUAAAGUGGGUGGUCAAAUUACAAUUUGCUUUAUUGAUUAUUCUACUUGUAUCAGCAUUAAACUUUAUGGUGGGCAGUUUUACUGGGGAAGACCCAGAAAAUGGCUUCGACGGAUGGGGUCAAGGAAAUAUGGCUUACAAUCUUUGGCCAAAAUAUAGUGAAGGCACGACGUGGUUUACAGUUUUCGGAGUAUUCUUCCCCACUAUAACUGGUAUUCUGUCUGGAAUUAACAUGAGUGGAGAUCUUCGAGCACCAUCUACUGAUAUUCCGAAUGGUACGUUAGCUGCACUGAGUACUUCGACAUUCCUGUACAUGGUAUUCAUUUUAUUCCUGGGAGCAACAUGUCAGAGAGAUACCCUUUUAACAAACUUUAUGAUUGCUGUGAAGGUGUCAGCCGUGCCGUUUCUGCUUCUUGCUGGAAUCUACGUCUCUAGUAUGUCGUCUUGCUUAGGGGCGAUGUACGGCACUCCUCGUGUAUUGCAAAGCAUUGCAAAUGAGAACGUCAUUCCCGGAAUCGGUAAACUCGGUAAGGGUCGCGGGCCAAACAAAGUACCCCUUUAUGCAAUGGCAGUAGUGGCCACAGUAACUACGGCGUUCAUCAUUGUUGGCGACAUUAAUACGCUUGCUCCGAUUGUGACCAUGCCUUUCUUACUGACAUAUGCGUGCAUUGAUUAUUCUUACUUCGCCCUGGCACAAACUUUCGAUAUUCAAAAUAUACGAGAAGAAAGGUUCAGAAUACAAGCACAGAGCCCAUUGUACGAAACAAGAAACUAUGGAACAACGGGUGACUAUCAGGAAAAUAAUGAUCUUGAUCAGCUUUUCCCAGAGCGAACAAGGCACAAAAAUCUAUCAAGUCCAGCUAAUUCACCGCACCAUGUGCCUUUGAAUACUACUGCCAACAGGACUACACAUUCCUUGGCAAAUGGAGGAACUAGUGGUGGAGCUUACCCGAACGGAGGUUUAUCUAACAGUACUUCGAUAAACAGUGAAGUAAUUUUUCGUGAUGGAACCGGCAAUGGCAGCACCGUUGGAACCAAUUCUCUGUCCGAGGCGGAUGAUGAACCGAUCGCACCGAUAAGACCACCGAUUCACUCGAAAACGAAAAAUUGGUACUCGGGAUUCUGCAAUCGAUGGGCUUCGUUGAUGGGGGCUGGAGUGAAAGUUUUCGUGAUGUUUCUAGUGAACUGGGUUUUUGCCCUAAUUUGUAUGGGAACAGUAUUCGUACUGUGGUUCUAUGUCGGUACGGCGAACCCUGCAGUAAAACCUGGUUUGGCACAUGAAUUCCGGUUUUUUGUGUGGCUUAAAAAUGCCGUUUUCAGAUGUUUUGGGAAACGAGUUCAUGAUUACGAACAGGUGGUAGUUACCCCCUCGUGCCCGAACGUCCCGUUGUCGUCCGCACAGUUAAACGAAGAGAACGAAGACUUUGCUUCUCGACGAAGAUAUCAUCAGUCAGCCGUUGUACAGGGCCACUAUGUGGACGACGUGUGAGCCUGAUUUGGAGGCCCUUGUGAACAAGAAGCUGAACUAAUUUGACUACCUAUAAACUGCUGAGAGGCAUCAACACACAAAACAUAACAACACUGAACAAUACUUAACACAUUUGGUAGAUAGCAACGCUGAAUAGAAUAUUUGUACAUUUAUAUACAAAACACACUAUCGUCGAACGACCACCAAAGCGAACUGAAAUAGUCUGAAUGACGUGGUCAAAAAAUUUUUUGUAUAAUCAAAACACAAGUCAAGAAAAAAGUGUUGAUAAUUGGAGAAAAUACGCGCAAUCUUCGAGCAAUAAGUGUAAAAAUAAUAAAACUUUUGUCUCUGUUGUAAUAUGUACAUAACUAUGUCUACGUUAGUAAUGCACCGAUUUAUUUUACUAAAUUAUUUAUCAAGAAGUUUAUUUAUAACUUAUCCACUACCAGUGUACAUUGAACGCAACUUGGUUGAGAUUUGCAGCUGACUUAGUUUAGACUUUAACUUAAUUCGAUCCAAUACUAAUUUUAAUAUUAUGACUGUUCUGACAAUUACAAAAGCGCGUCGUGUAAGUCUGGAACGAGCGAUGUGAUAAACCCAAUAAAGCAUGAAAAGCAUUUUUACUUGAAGUGAAUUAACCCAUGCGAAAUGAUCGACCUUAGCGCACUCCGCUUUAGAAUAGGCUGCAUCUAUUUUGGGCCUUCAGUAUCUCAUACUCGGAAAGUUUCAUUCCUAUUUUAAUUUGCAAUCAAUUAGCAUUAAAUUAUUCUUGUACA